CAGCGCCUGCGUCUUCCCAGAACGCACCGCGGUCUGUGGGUACUAGUGACCUUCCUUCAAUUGAGCAGACCAGACAGUGUGCAGAUCUGAAGCAAGAUGGCAGGUGGUGCAUUCUCAGCCUGGUGGGUCAAGGUGGGCCCCUACUACACCAAGGCGUACCAGGAGAUGUGGGUGGGCCUGGGCAUUAUGUCCUACUUGUAUUACAAGGUGUCCUACGGGGGAAAGAAAGCAGUUAAGGGCAAACCAAGCCACUGAUUGGGAUGCUGUGUUGAUCCUUCGCUGUGAAAUACAUCUGAAGCCUCUGUACAUUUUCUGCUGGGAUGUGUGUUUGUCUGUCUCAUGGGAAUGAAUAAACUGGUCUGUUGAGAUCACCCUUGAAGGACACUUGCAUUGCUGUCAGUGCUCAUGUUUUGUUGCAGAACAGCCCACUGUCCUAGUCUCGAGUCAGACUCCAGAUGCAACUUAAGUUAUCUUGGUGUUGUACUUUGGCUCUGUCAGGGUCCAUGUAUGUGUUUUAAUGUUUAUGGUCGUUACACAACCUGGAAACAAUAAAAUCUGAAUUACAGUAUUA